AUGUCGACAAAACGCCUCGCAAAGGAACACGCCGAACUCGACGCCAACCCCCCCGAGGGCUUCACCAUCCGCCUACCCCCCUCGCAGUCCCUGCACACCUGGCACAUUAUCCACCGGCCCCCGCCCGAGUCCGCCCUGCACCCUGGCCAGUUCGGCCUCGUCCUCUCCCUGCCGCCCGACUACCCCUUCAAGCCCCCGACGCUCAAGUUCGUCACGCGUGUCUACCACCCCAACGUCACCGACGACUCCCUCGGCAACGUCUGCCUGGGUAUCCUCAAGAGCGAGAACUGGAAGCCCAGCACCAAGAUUAGCGCCGUCCUCGACGCCGUCCGCAACCUCAUGAUCGAGCCCCAGCCCGACGACCCCCUCGAGGAGCGCAUCGCAGAGGAGUACAGAAGGGACAGGCCCGCCUGGGAGGAGAAGGCCAAGACGUACGUCGCGAAAUACGCCAUGGGCGAGCCCGAGUUUCCCGCUUCGGCAUCAUAG